AUGUCUAGCAAGGAGGAGGUGGCUGCCUUGAUGGCGUCCGACGGUGACUUCGAGAAGAAGAUCUCGUUGCUCAAGAAGGCGGUCGUAACGGUCACGAAGCAGAAGCAAGAGGUCGAAGCCCGUCAGAAGCAACUGCAGGAAGAGCUGAGCACUACGACCCAGCAGCUGGCAGAGGCGCAGCGGGCGAAUGCCACCCUACAGCGCAAAGUGAAAUCACUUGAGGCGCAGCUAGAGCAAGAACGCAGCAGUGGGUCGGCGUUUGGCCAGAACAUGUUGAAAGGUUUGUCCUCAAUAAUGGGCAACAGCGACACUACCAGCCGUGGUGGCGGUCGCGGUGGACGCGGCGCAGCCAAUGGCCAGCUUGCCUUGUCCCAGGAGGAUGUAGAGCGACUCAUCUGCGAGAAUGAGGAGCUGCACCGGCAGACGUACACCUUCAAGACAAAGCUUGAAGAUGCGCAGCGCUCCGGCACGAAGGAUACGGAGAAGCUGAGAAACGAGGUUGCACGCCUGCAGCGCGAGGCGCAGGAACUGCGCCACACCCUGGAGACAGCCACCGCCACCCGUGACACUCUUCGCGCUGACUACCUCACCGAGCGCGCCCUGGGCGACUUUUGCCGACACUUCUUUGCGGCUUCGUUGCGCCGACGGCCUCAGGAGCCGGUAUCGGCCCUGGCAGGUACCACAGUAGAAGUGUGGUGGCCUGCUAACGGGCCGCCGUUGAACCCCAUGGCCGCCUCCCUUUCGGACUCCAUGCCCGCAGUGGUGCGCGAGCGUGCUGUCUUCACCCUGCAGAGUGCCGCCGGUACCGUCAAGACGCUGCUGCGCGGUGUCUCGGUGCUCGCAAUGGUGCUGCAGGAGCAGCUGCCAUCGCGGGAGCGGGCAACUGUGGGGGACUUGGAGUGUCUGUGCGACCGGCUCUCUGUUUUCCUGGCGGCUCACACGGCCAAGAAGGAGCGCCUCAUGCACCUGCUUGAGCAGCUGGACGGCCAACUGUCGGCGCUGCAGCACCCCGGGGAGGAAGACUGUCCUGCCCCUCUUUCGGCUGGUGCCUUUGUUGAGGCUCAGGACGAGAUUGUGCGGCUCGUAUCGGAGUGGGUCGGUCUUCUCCGGGCACAGCUCCCGCUACUGGUAGAGAGCUGUGUGUCAUUCCUGCCGCAUGAUCACUCCUACAUAACUCACACCGCAGACGCCAGCGCCGGAAGCGGUGGUGGUGCAGCAGCACCACCAAAGGUGACGACUGAGCGUGGCGAAUUUGUCGAAGAGGUCACAAGGAGCGGUUAUGCUACCCUGGCGUCCAUCGAAGGGUCGCUGAUGGCGAUGCGCAUGCUUGUCCAGCGCUCACCCGCUGCGUACCAUCACUGUCACAACAGUGGCGACCAAGACUGUGCGGAACUAGCACCGUCCACCUCGAGGGAGAUGCUCAACUUCACCUCGCCGUUGGAGGCGACGCAGCCGCCAAUAGAUCUGUCCUCGCUUCUCGCAUUACAGGAGUUCUGGUGGGAGGGCUGCGCGUCGGUUCGCUCUUUGUACACGUCGAUUCGGGUGCUCAACAGCGGUUUAGUGGAUAUAGCGGAGGCCUGCAACAAGAGCGAAGUCCGCGACGCCCUGCACUUCAUUCACAAGUGUCUGCAGACCAUGGCGGUAGCUUCGGAGGAGAUGAACGCUUCAUCAGAAGCCGCGUCAGCCGACGCAGAUGCGGCUAUUGACAUGCUAUCGCCUGCUGUCACUGCGCCUCGAAUGUCUGCCCAGACCCCAUCAAGCAACGCGACAUCGUGGGCGUCGCGUCCUCGAGCCGCAAUCGCUAUGCCCUCUCUACUGCCAGAAGCGGACGGCCCGCGCGAUACCGCUUGCGCUGAUAAUUACGAAGAGCUACUCGUCGCCUUAUCAGCUGCCGAUCGUGCAGCAGCGAGCUACUACACACAAAUGAACUUCUUGUACGAGGAGAUGGCGGAAAAGGAAGACGCGGUACAGACAGCGCUGGAAGCCGUUGAGCACUUGCAGAGGCUCAUCACAACAGAGCGCGUGGAGGCGAAGCACACCCGCCAAGCCCUACAGAGCCAAAUUAGCCUACUUUCGACGCAACUGAUAGAAAAGGCCGAAACGUCGGUUGCACACGCAUCGCACUAG